GCGCAAGAACAGCUGAUUCUAUAUCGACACACACAAGAGUGGUAGUAGUUGUCGCAUCAUGUGCCGGCUAGCCAAAUAAAGACACCAUGACCAACACCAAUUCUGGGCGACAUAAUCGGAAGCAGCCCGACCCGGCGGGCGUUCUUUCAUCCCGAGGAGAGUACGGCGGAAAGAAAUCGAGGUCGCGGGAUUUGCAGGAGUCGAAUCAAUACCGAACGCAGUCUCCGCCGCGGGUUUUGCGGAUUGAUCUCCAGAUGCCAGACCAGGAGGUCCAGGAAAGGUUUCGGAGAACAAGCCGACGGUUGUCGCCGCGCCACCGCAUUCAUAUCGACGACAACUACCAUUCCCCUCCUGAGAAGCCACUUCUGCAGCAGAACCACUCUUCAACGGCAAGCAGCGCGGGACCCUCCUCGAGAGGCACCCGAGGCGUUAUUCAAAGAGCUCCACCAGCUGCGGCCCGUAUUGACCUGCUCGAAGACGACGACCAUGAUCAUUUCUUCCCACCGCCCCGCGGAGAACAAGCGUCCUCCCAAAAGCAGAGCUACAACCCAAUGCGAGAACAAUCGCUCGGCACCGAAUUAUCUCGGCACCAGCGUGCGGGUAGUCCCUUCACGGGAGUCAAGCGCACCGACCGCUACGACUAUAAUACGUCGUCUCGUUGGCACGAGCAACUGCAUCAAUACCACCAAAAUCGGUUGCGCGGCGGAGGUGUUCCCGGGUACUACGCUUUUGCAGGAUCAUCAUCCUCCGACCAGGAUCAACAUCCGCGGAUGCUUCAUCCGGCCGUGCUGCGGGAGGAGCACGAACGUAACCUGAGACAGUACGGUAUCCCCGUGAAACAGCUGCCGCGCGACAAGUAUGCGCACGUGAGGCCGGCCAUCGACACGGGGCUGCACUUCGAGGAGAAACACAGCAAUGCUUAUCCGUCUGGACCACGCGCAACGAGUCCCUUCGACCUUCGAGGCCAACAAGCCUCGGAACACGGCUCUUCGGGUCGCGUUCCGAAGCAGUUCACUCCCGCACGCAACCUGUCGAGCAAAAGUGGGAGGGCCAAGACCGCGGACCAAAUUUAUCUGGAGCGCAUGAAGCGGAGUCGCCCAACUACGCAACAGAGCACACCUUCGGAUGCCGCUCGUGCGACCACCAACGUCAGAAGUGCGCGCGGUUCGAAGCCCGACCCGAAGGUGUUGUUGGCGAAAAACGCAAACAUUGCGGUUGUCAGCGUGAACCUGCUGCGGGAAGAAGAUUCCACUACCUCCAGUGCGGCACCUAAGCAGGUGCUGGUUUCGCGCAACGGGGUGGUGCCCCGAGACGAGAUCGCGACGAGGAACAGGGGUGCCGCGUCGACGCCCGGUGUCGGUUCUACCGCAGGGUCGCAGGCCAGCAAUUUUCGUCCGGCGCAAAAAGUGCCCCUCUUCGAUGAGGACGUGCUUAAUAACGAGAAUUUCGCAACUUCCUCCUUGCUGUCCCAGUCGCACGGAGUUUCCUCCGUUCGGGAGGUGGAACCGGUACAACUAGGGCUACCAACACCUCUCUCUGGUGCUUCCGCCGCUCUCAGCAAUGCUGUCCCACAAACUGCCAGGGACGAGCCGCGCUUCAAGGACUUGACACCGGCAGAACGCGAGAUCGUGGCAGCGCAACCAGCCUCGUACCCCGGUGCCGCCUACCCCGCUGCGGAGUACCUGCCCGCAGGCGCAUUGACCGAAGAGCAACUCGAGCAGCAGGAAUUGCAGGACUGUAUUUCCCGUUCGCAAGAGCGGUCCACCGCCGAACGCGGUCAGAAACGCGCUGGCGAACAAGAACGCGGGCCCCACAACAGCCAUCGCAACGAGACGGCCCGAACGAAGAGCGAUUUUUCGGUCAGCGAACGUGAAGUUGUUUCACAAAACGCGCCAGACGCGGUCGCUGCAAAGACAAUCGCAAGGCGAGAUACGGACGAGCGGAGCACAACUGGAGCUGAUCCACCUCCGGGAUCGGUCAGUACUCGUGUCAGUAACGGUGAUGCCGUUGUUGCGGAGUUCAUAUCCAAGCUUGAUUCAGACACCGCUCGAAAGAUAUCGAUCUCUGCCGGACUCCCCGUAGUUCCCGGCGUGUCCAAUGCUGACCCGGACUUUGUUCUGGGCUCGAGCUCGACUUCCGAAGGGCUCGGCGGACGGCAUCAGACGCACAAAUUCCACCAACAGCAGUUUCAGCAGCAAGAAGAUUCCAAUCGCGCACGGUCGAUGUCGGGGGAGCGGCGGCGGGCUUCGCUCGGAACCAGUUGGGUACAGCAGAAGGAUGUAGAGGGUUCUGCUUCGGCGGGAACCAAGGCAUCAUCUUUUUUGCGCAAAAGAUCCUCGCUGCAAGUGGACCGGUCUCCCGCGGUUUCGACUUCCGGGAGUCGAACACCCGCACCACGGUUCGUGCCCGUGAGCGCCGGUCCGGUACAUGAACACAUGCCGAGUGCACCAGCGUCUGCGCCGCGCGCUGGGGAACCGAACUCGACCAACAAGGCAGCGCAUGUCGGAGAUGCAGAAUCUGGUGCACUUGAAGACACUGGAGUCGUAGACGAGUCCGUGUCACCGUCCCCGCAACGGCGCUCGAAGGUCUUUUCGCCGCCCGUCCGGAAGAGCGGGGUCAAACAGCGCUCGAUGGGGGCCUCGCGACCGUCUAAAGAUCAGUAUAUGGCCGCUUCGUCUCGGACAAGCUCGAAAAAUUCGUUUCCGUCGAGUGCGCACCUGAGCGCCGGAGGAAAUAACGAGGAUGCAGUCCCGUUCGCACAGCCAUCAGUCGAGGCGGAGAAAGCGACAGCAAAGACGUCCGAAGCGGCGCAUAGUGCGGCGGCCAACUCGACCGAGCAAAACACCGAACAGCACAGACAGAAUUACGCGGUGCCUGCUGGCUCGGGAAUGGUAGGCGCGGCUGCCACCGGCCGGGACGAUGUUGACCCUAGUCGGCCCCGUGUAGACAGACGGGGCAGUUUGCAGCAUCAGAAAAGUGAAAACUUGCAGCAGCUUUCCGCGAAGUAUAAGAGACGGGGGAGUGCAGUUACAGCCACGACGCCCACGACUGGCCUUGCAACGGCGUCUACGUCAUCGUCGUCCCGGCCUCCCGUGCCUGAAAAUCAUGCUAGUAGGGCGGCGAUUCUUGGGAAGCAGCAGAAGGACCCGGGGACAGAGAAGAAUCUGCAGAAGCACCAGAAGGCUCGUCGUGCCUCGGACGCGUUUGCAGUGCUUGAAAACAGCGGCUACAGAAGCCGCAGUUCGACGGAAGACUACUCUGCUGCGGGCAGAGCAAAGGCGGCGAAUCGCAUACCGCAACGUACACUAAACGGAGGCGCAGCGGCGGCACAAAUUCGUUCUGGGAUGCUCCCAUCGUCUCCACGGCUUCUGGAAAACAAUAGCAAAAACGGUACCUCUAUCAUCAUUUGAUUCGCGGCAAACGUAAGUAUACGGUUAUGGUUCCACUUGCUGUAUAGUUCAUGACUCCGGCCGUCGCUGUGACGUUCAAGUCCGUCCUUUUCGCAACAUUUGCAAAUUUUCGUAAGUAGGAUAUGAUGCAUUUUAUUUUCAUCUCUAUCUCAGGGAUGAUUCCUGCGACUUCUUCGGACGACGCAAUCCCGCCCUCACCAAGCGGUGGCUCGUCUUACCACGCCCCGCGGUCGCGGAGCCGCAGCAACAGCCGCACCGUCGCGCCGGCAGAUGAUCGUUCCUUUGCGGAAAGCAGCGGGCACGAACGCACGAAAUACCAGACGCGCCUGGAGCUGUCCCUGCCAGAUAGCCCGCGCAGCGGCCCGCCGAUCCGCGAACCGUCGCCCACGAGCCCACGCGAGGUGGAUAAAAAACACGUUCGAGCAGAUGCGUCAUCUGACCCUCUUCUCGCAGAAAGAAAAGGAAAUACAACAAGUGAAGACCCAGGCGGCCCGACGACAUCUGCUUCGAUCGGUCCAGCCACCACGACGCGAGCAGGUGCCUCACCGCCCCCUCUGAUUCGCCGGAACAUGACCGCGAGCCCGUUGUCCCCGGGCUCUUUGGAACUGUCUGCGUUUUCGAUGUCCGACAUGCACCAGGGAGAUUUUUUCACCAAGUACGAUCUCCACCAGCAGCGGAAGCGGCUUGUGUUCCUGCGUUUGGGGUACUUUCCCGAGUCUCGCGUACCCUUCCUGGAGUACUGGCCAACGCGGAAGCAGGGGGUGGGCAACGACCUAACAACCGGGAUGAAGUCGCCUGCCGCGGGCGGGCUCUACACACCGGCCAUGAGCAGUUCCAGAGGUCGGGGGCAGCAGCAGCUCGACCGGUCUGGUACUACGAGCAGACCGUACCAACCAGCGGCGUCCUCACCGCGGAACGGAGGAGGAACCAUGGAAGCGGUGAUGGAGGAGCGGCAGCCUUCGGGACUGGCGAAGUACACUGCUCAGGGGGCCCGGUAUCGCCACAAAAACGUCACGCCCGUAGCUGCGUCCACGCCCGGCGCUACAUCUUCAGCCUCAGCGCUGUCGUCCCGCCGCCGGCUGCGGUCACUCUCUGGCUGUUUUUCGAGCCGAGAGACGAGCACCAGUGCGGGGUCGCUCUUUCGCAAAGUGCGCGUCAUUCCGCUUUCCGAGCUCACGCACAUCAACUUUGGCCCCAGCAGAAGCGUGCAGGACCGGUACGGGGCACUGCGGGAAGAGAAUAUCUUCCACCUGGUACUGUGCUUGCUUCGUCAACUUCAACUAUUUUUCACUUUUUGCUUUUGGUGAAGAGUCCAUGAUCCAAUUGUUUCACCGAUGCCGAAGUUCUUUUGCUGCACGUUUUAGGUAGCGAGCGAUCUUAUGCAAGCACUCUAUCUUUUUCUUUCACUUUCAACGUCUAAAUCUAAUGCUAAAAAUAAACAGCGUGUCACCACGCGGACCUACGAUUUUGCCAUCGACGGAGACGCGCAGACCUUAGGCUACUGGGUCGGAUUUCUGCGGCGGCUGAUGAUGCCGGGGGAGCUGGAGUUGAACGAGCAAACCGAAUACCUGCUGUUUCGCCGAGGCACGUUCGACGUAGUAGAAGACCAGGACCUUCCUCAGCAUCUACAGUACAUGUCUGAAAAGCAUCGCCUUUAAAGCAGGUGUGCUCUUUUCUGGCAGGCUACCUGCAGGAGCAUUCUCUCGUCCGAUGAUACAAAAAGUCCACAAAGAGCAGCAAACUGUUUCUACCUCAGUCGUUUUCACCUUUGCCCAACCGGUCAUGUGAGUUUCGUCAUCGACCUACAAAUGAACAUGUGGAGAAGCACGCUCCAUUGUGACUGUACUGUCCUGGUCGGACUUCUCGAAUAAGUUCUUGUGCUUGAGCUAUCGACGAACAUUACCUAGAAUGGAU